AUCUACGUAUUUUUAACGAAGAGUAGCAGAAGGAAUUUUUGAUGAUUUUAUACUCAGUUUGAAAAUGGCAACUCGAUUAUUACGAAUAUUUUCGAGUGAUUUAAUUGUCUUAAAAGGGCAGCAAGUUCGAUAUGGACACAGAAUGCGUGGUGUUCCACCUACAAAGGCUAGGACUCUGCAACAACGUCUUGAUGAAUUAAAUUACAAGGACCCAGAAUUGGCAUUACAAGUAAAUAUUGGCUUGCCUCUACCGAAACGCUCACGAGCUGAAAUAACAUCGAAAUGGUUAUCCGAGUUGAAACAACACAGAUCAGAUUCUGAGUAUGAGAGGAAAGCAAGGCAUAGAGAAUUAAUUAUAGACAUGGAGGCAGAGAAGAAAGAUUGGCUGCAAACCUCUGCGCCUUUGCAAUGUAAAACAAUUGCGAAGCAUUAUGAAAUUUUUGAACAUUUAUAUGGCGAUGCCUACUUUUAUCCUAUAGUACCACUUGACAUUGAUUAUGAUUUUGGAAGUGAAGAUAGUCUUGCUAGGGUAUAUAGAGGAAAUAUAAUUAAGUCUGAUGAAGCAAAACAAGCACCAAGUAUAACAUACAAAGCAGAAUCAGACACUCUCUGGACUCUUCUUUUUACUACCCCAGAUGGUGUUUUGACCGAUGCCAAUGAAUACUGUCACUGGUUCAUUGGAAAUAUACCGGGCAAUGAGGUGAGCAAAGGAGAACAGUUAAUGGACUAUCUCAGGCCUAUUCCACCACGUGGUGUUGGUUAUUGCAGAUACAUAUUUGUAUUGUAUAAGCAAGACAAGAAGAUUGAUUACUCAGAGUACAAAACGGAACAACCAUGUUUGGCCUUAGAGAAGCGCAGCUUUAACACAAGAAAUUUUUAUCAAAAACAUCAGGACUAUAUAACUCCUGCUGGAUUAGCAUUUUACCAAGCUACCUGGGAUUCUAGUCUGACAGACGUCUAUCACAAUACAUUGAAAAUGGAAGAACCAGCAUUUGAGUAUGACUUUCCACAGCCAUACAUUAAACCUCAGACAUGGUUCCCAUUAAAACAGCCCUUCAAUCUUUACUUGGACAAGUAUCGUGACCCGAAGGAUGUGAACAAGGAUUAUCUACUAAAGAAAUUGAAGAAGGUCCACCCAUUCAAAGCACCUGAACCACCGUUAAAAUUCCCCAAUGCUCAUAGAUUACCAGAUGACAUGCCUUCAUGGUUAAAGCUGGAAGUAAAAAAGAAUCGAAUGGGUUUAGGUCGCAUUAAUGAGAUAGAAUAAUUGAAUUUACACAAUAAAUAAACUGUUAAUAUAAACAAAACUAUUUGCUAAAAUGGAUAAUAAUACUUUUCACAUAAAUGAAAAACGAAUAUUUUCCAUGUGGUGUAAAUAUUCGUUUUAACAUCAAAAUAAAAUUUUCUUUGAAAACAAA